CUCUAUUCUUGUUUAAGAAUAAACUCUAUAAACUUCAAGGGCCAAAAAAAGAUAUCAUAUUAUUCUCUUAUUAUUUUACCCAAUCUACUACUACUACCACUACCUGUUAUUCAUCAACAACAAUAAUAAUAAAAAGAUAUGCCCCCUCCACAACAAACAGCCACAUCUAAACUUGUGAAAUUAUAUGAACUAGACGAAAACCAAAACUGGAUUGAUCUAUGUAUUGGCCACUGUUACUAUACAGACAGCACUGACGACGACAACAACAAUUCCGACCAGAUUCGAAUCGUAUCAGAUAAAGAUGACAAUGACGAACUUUAUUGCUUUGAUGUUGAACCAUCAAAGAUGUACCAAAGACAACAAGAUAAACUCAUAUUAUUUACUGAAGAUGCAAAAGAUCUGGCCAUAAGUUUUCAAGAUCCUGCAAAAUGUCAAGAAGUGUGGGACAAGCUGAUAAAGAAGGGUAUUGUUUUUGAUCGCCCUGUCGUAUUAUCACAACAUGCCACUGGGUCAGAUAACACCUCUGAUGAUGAAGAGUAUGAUCAUGAUGUCGAAUUCAGUCAUAAUGAUUCUCCUCUUGUUGAUAUGGCUAGUUAUUGUAAACUUCCUAAUCUGACCAUUCAACAUAUUGCAGAUAUCACAGACAUUCUUCAAGUCGCCAACCCCAUGGAAAAGGAAUUUUAUGCCAAAUGGAUCCUUCAAUCCAACUAUUUUCAACAAAUCACCGAAACGUUUAAUAACCUGGAAGAUUUGGAAGCACAUAGUGACCUUCAUCAAUUAUAUUACCUAAUGCUCGAAAUCCUCUUCUUGGACGAAGAUACACUUUUGGAACACAUCAUCCAAGAGUUCACCUUCCCUUCUCUCCUCGGCAUACUUGAAUAUUACCCUAAAAAUCCCAACUGUCGAUACACACAUAGAGAGACAGUCCAAAAUGCCGGCUCGGCUCAGUCUCGCCUACAGGAACUAUCAACCAACAGCCAGCUGACAAAAGAAAUCAAUGACGUCUUCCGUCUCAGGUACCUCAUCACAGUCUUGUCCAACCAAGAAUCAGGUCCAGAUGUUGAACAGUUUAUAACAAGCGUGACAGAAUUAAUCAAGAGGAAAAACAAAAGGAUCUUGUUGCUAGUUCAACAUGACGAACCACUUGUGAACGAUGUAGUUCGUGCCAUCACUGACGGUGACCUCGCACGUAAGAAGGAAAGCUUUGGUUUUAUUUAUGGCCUAUUUGACAUGGGAAAAACACUCGACAUUACCGAUCGCCAAGAAUUCUACAAGGCCUUUGCCCAUAACGGCCUAAUUGAUAUUUUUCGCUCCAUCUUUGCUACUGAAGCAGAGGACAUGAAGCGUAAAUCGCUCAUCAUGCUUGAUACCCUUGUGCAAAUCGACCCUGCUACUGUCCGUACCCAGAUUGUCGAACAAUUCCACCAAGAGAACGGAAAGACGUUUAUGGAUUUUUUGAUAGAAGGAGCCAACAGUGACUUUGAGCUUCGAGAUUCUAUUUUUAACUCGAUCAGACUACUGACAGAAGUGAAUAUGAACAGCAGUGACCAAGAAGAGUUUUUGACAAUGAUGUAUGGUGACUACAUGAAACAACUGUACAAGUUCAUGGUUACUAUGAAAUCCGAUGACUUCAAGGUGAACGACAUUGGCUGCUUUGUCUUUUCUCGCGAUCAAGCCGACUUGACAAUCAAACUCAUGGACCUUCUCAUCAUCUUGCUAAAGAUCCAUGGGUUCCGGUUAAAGUAUUUCCUCUUGACAAAUGAUCUUUUCCCAAAGAUCAUGCUCCUCUGCCGUGCCAAUCACCUUUCGUUACAGCUCUGUCCAGUGCGUUUCCUACGCAUCUGCUUUGAUCUUCGUGACGAAUUCUUUUACACUCACUUUUUGAAGAAUGAGGUAUUUGAGCCCAUCGUUGGUAUUGCCGCCCAGAACAGCGCAAAGGAUAACCUGGUGUCUUCUGCCUGUUUAGCCAUGUUUGAGUCUAUCCGAAAGGCCAACAACAAGCAGAUCCUCCAGCAUCUCUUGGCCAAUUUCCGUCCAUCUUUAGAGUCCUUUCGCAUAGAACAAACCACGGUCGGUGACAAGCUGGUACAGCAAUUGUCUACUCUAACAGCAGACGCUCCUAAAGAAGAAGAAAAAGCUGCGGCUGGCCCAGUCUCUGAUACCGUUGAGUCUCCGGCUCCUGCCACUGCCUGGUCAUCAAUGGAUCAAGUGGAGGAAGAUUAUUUCAAUACAUCUGACGAAGAUGAGGAGGAGGAACAACGUCAGGAAGCAUCCGACAAAGGAGACGAAGAACUAGUGCUUCCUCGAAAGCGAAAACAAGAUGAUGAGGAUGAGGAUGAGGAUGAUGCGUUCGCUCGGUCUGCUAUGCGCAGAAAGAUUGAAAAUAUGAAAAGGAAGUUUGAAGGACAACAACAACCUGAAAGCAAUAAGAAACUAAAAAGUAACAAUUUGUAAAUAACUUUCUUCGUUCUUGUGUAAAUAAAUGUUGAAUAAAUUGAUUUAAAAUAUAUAGAACAGUCAGAUUGUAAAGAUAUCCCUUUUAUCAUUAAAGCCAAUCUGUUACCAAGGAAACAGAGAAACAGUUUUUCCUCGAAUUAUGAAAAAGCCAUUGGUUUAACAACUUCAGACCGGAUUAAAAAAUUUCCCUCUUGUCCUUUUAGACACAUCACCUCAGGGCUUUUUCUUUUACCGAGCCAAUAAGAGUAUUUAAUGCCAUCAUUCUGCGCGAAAUGCAUUUGUUUCACAGAACGACUAAAUUUACGCGCUUACCAUAUAUUUCUUUUUUUAUUUCUUUCUCUCUCUCUCUCUUUUCUUUUC